GUGGAUGGAGUAAAGAGCAGAGCUAUCACACAUAUUUCUGCGUGUUUACAGUUGGUUUACAGUUCUUCUACUGGGGAUUAUUCUUUUGACUCAUUGUUGGUAUUUUUUGGGAGAUUUUGAAACAGGAGUUGGAGAAAUUUUUAUUUUUAAAAGUAGAAUGAGGUUCUUGGCCUUCAGCCUCGUCUGCCUGAUGUGCUGUGAUGCCGUUCAGUUUUAUAGACGUCGUCCCAGACCCAUGACAGCCAGAAGGCAAAAUGUCACUGCUGUCCAACCCAAACUAGUGGAGAACCCUUGCAAAGCCGUCCCACUGGAUUUUUUCUUCGUCAUCGACAGCUCCAGAAGCAUCCGUCCCCAUGACUAUGAGAAGGUCAAGACCUUCAUUGUCAACCUGGUUCAGUUCCUCAAAAUUGGCCCUGAAGCCACCAGGGUGGGUCUGCUCCAGUAUGGCAGCGUGGUCCAGCCCGAGUUCUCCCUCAAGACCUACACCACUAAGGCUGAAGUGGAGCAGGCGGUGAGGAACAUGAAGCACCUUGCCACAGGGACCAUGACCGGUCUGGCCAUCCAGUACACAAUGGAAACUGCCUUCACAGAGGAGGAAGGCGCACGACCAGCGGACCUACACAUCCCACGAAUCGCCAUGAUUGUGACCGACGGGAGGCCUCAGGACACGGUGGAGGAGAUUGCGGCUCAGGCGAGGCAGGCUGGUAUCCAGAUCUUUGCCAUCGGUGUGGGCCGGGUGGACAUGAACACCCUGAGAGCCAUUGGGAGUGAACCUCACUCUGAACAUGUGCACCUGGUGGCCAACUUCAGCCAGAUAGAAACCCUCACAUCUGUGUUCCAGUCCAAACUGUGUGGAGGUUCAGAGAUGUGUGAGGUUGUGGACCAUCAGUGCCAACAUAUCUGCGUGAGUAGCCCUGCGUCGUACAGGUGCCAGUGCAGGAAAGGUUUCAUCCUCAACCCUGAUGGAAAGACAUGUAAAGAGACUGAUCACUGUGCUGAUGGCACACAUGGCUGUGAACAGGAGUUUAUGAACACUGAAGACUCCUGUGUGUGUAAAUGCAGAGAGGGUUUCACACUCAGACCUGAUGGAAAAACGUGCAAGAAGAUCGAUCACUGUGCUGAUGGCACACAUGGCUGUGAGCAGGAGUUCAUGAACACUGAAGACUCCUGUGCGUGUAAAUGCAGAGAGGGUUUCACACUCAGACCUGAUGGAAAAACGUGCAAGAAGAUCGAUCACUGUGCUGAUGGCACACAUGGCUGUGAGCAGGAGUUUAUGAACGCUGAAGACUCCUGCGUGUGUAAAUGCAGAGAGGGUUUCACACUCAGACCUGAUGCAAAAACAUGCAAGAAGAUCGAUCACUGUGCUGAUGGCACACAUGGCUGUGAGCAGGAGUUUAUGAACACUGAGGACUCCUGCGUGUGUAAAUGCAGAGAGGGUUUCACACUCAGACCUGAUGGGAAAACAUGCAAGAAGAUAGAUCAUUGUGCUGAUGGCACACAUGGCUGUGAGCAGGAGUUUAUGAACACUGAAGACUCCUGUGUGUGUAAAUGCAGAGAGGGUUUCACACUCAGACCUGAUGGAAAAACAUGCAAAAAGAUUGAUCACUGUGCUGAUAACACACAUGGCUGCGAGCAGGAGUUUAUGAACACUGAGGACUCCUGUGUGUGUAAAUGCAGAGAGGGUUUCACACUCAGACCUGAUGGAAAAACAUGCAAGAAGAUUGACCACUGUGCUGAUAACACACAUGGCUGUAAGCAGGAGUUUAUGAACACUGAAGACUCCUGUGUGUGUAAAUGCAGAGAGGGUUUCACACUCAGACCUGAUGGGAAAACGUGCAAAAAGAUCGAUCACUGUGCUGAUGGCACACAUGGCUGUGAGCAGGAGUUUAUGAACACUGAAGACUCCUGCGUGUGUAAAUGCAGAGAAGGUUUCACACUCAGACCUGAUGGAAAAACAUGCAAGAGUUUGGACCUGUGUCACACACUCGAGCACGGCUGUGAGCAUCAGUGCAUCAACACCAACAUCUCUUACAUCUGCAGAUGUUUUGAGGGAUUCAUGUUGGCUGAAGACGGGAAGAGCUGCAGAAAACCAGAGUGUGGCGAUGGAGUGAUGGAUUUGGUGUUUGUGAUUGACGGCUCCAAGAGUCUGGGCCCAGCCAACUUUGAGCUGGUCAAGCAGUUGGUUAAUGGCAUUGUGGACUCACUGGACAUCUCCGCCGCAGGCACACAUGUCGGCCUCCUUCAGUACUCCACCAAAGUCCGCACAGAGUUCACCCUGGGCCAGUACAUCACGGCACAGCGUGUUAAACAGGCCGUGGCACGGGUACAGUACAUGGGCAGAGGUUCUAUGACGGGCUCAGCCUUGCGUCACAUGUUUGAGUCAAGCUUUUCAUUCAAAGAAGGCGCCCGAGCCAGUGUCUCACGUGUCUGCAUCGUGUUCACUGAUGGAAGAUCUCAGGAUGAUGUCACAGAGUGGGCUACCAAAGCAAAGAACUCUGGUAUCACCAUUUAUGCCUUGGGUAUUGGCAAAGCCAUAGAGCAGGAGCUGAGAGAAAUCGCCUCGGAGCCUGAUGAAAAGCAUCUUUAUUAUGCUGAGGAUUUUGAGAAAAUGGGAGAAAUUACAAAGAGGCUCAAGAUGAGGAUAUGUAAAGAAAAACCUGAAGGAAACAUGUGCCAGUGUGAGAACUUGAUGCGUUUUCAAGAGCAGGUCACCGACAAACUGAAGAACCUGAUGCUGAAUAUUGAAGCCAUAUCCGAGAAGAUGGAGCUACUCGAGAAUCAACUUGUACAUAAAUAAACUUCUGAGAUGUGUCCAUUUAUCUCUCCUCUGACCAGCAACGAAGCGUUCUCAGAUCCUGCACAGCAAGCUGCACCCAUGCAAUGUUGUCUAUACGGAUGCUAUUUAUACUCUUUUGUAUACAACACAAUGUAUUCAAUGUAUUUUGUCUGACAUGGUCUUUGUAAUGUAAUGUUAAGUCACAUGAGUAACUCUUUAAACUGGAAAAUGACAAACACUCAUUUGAAUAGGUUUUUAUUGAGGAUUAAGUUUGGGACUUAUUCUCCUUUGUUACUUAUUGUCAUAAUAAAAAAAAGUUCCAAACAA